AUGGAGUCUGGGUUCAGGAGGAAAGCAGAGAUGUUCCAAGGAGAGGUGAAACCACAGCAGAGCAGAGCAACAUGGAGCAGGCAGUUGGAGUUCACCCUGGCUGGCAUGGGCUAUGCUGUGGGACUAGGCAACGUCUGGAGGUUCCCUUACCUGUGCUACAGAAGUGGAGGAGGUGCUUUCCUGGUGCCCUACCUGCUAAUGCUGGUGCUGCUUGGCAUCCCGUUGCUUUACCUGGAGCUGAUCAUUGGUCAGUAUAUGAGGAAAGGACCUGUCCAUGCUUUGGCUAAUGCCUGCCCACUUCUAAAAGGUGUGGGAGUGGCAUCAGUAGCCAUCUCCUUCAUUAUGAGCACCUACUACAACGUGGUGAUCGCCUGGGCCCUUUACUAUCUGUUCAGUUCCUUCCAGAACCCUUUGCCUUGGCUUGGCUGCAACAACACGUGGAACACACCCAACUGCAGCAACAACGGCUCUAGCAACUACACCACCACAGCCAGUCAAGAGUUCUUCAGGUAUGAGAUGUUGGAGCAAACAGAGGGAGUGGAAGACGCUGGAGGGUUACGUUGGCAGCUGUUCCUCAUUUUGGGACUUGCGUGGAUCCUUAUUUACUUUUGCAUCUUUAAGGGCGUGAAAUCGACGGGCAAGGUGGUGUACUUCACUGCUUUGUUCCCUUACGUUACACUGAUUGCCUUCCUGAUCAACAACACACAACUUCCCGGGGCUAUAGAUGGAAUUUACUUCUUCAUCAUACCUGAAUGGGAUAAACUGCUCUCAGUGGAGGUGUGGGUGAAUGCAGCUGCCCAGAUCUUCAACUCCAUUGGCAUUGGUUUUGGUUCCCUCAUCGCCAUGUCCAGCUACAACUCCUUCAACAACAAUAUCUUGAAGGACACUCUGGCCAUCAGCAUCAUCAACUCACUGACCAGUAUCUUGUCAGGAUUUGUCAUCUUCUCUGCUUUUGGAUACAUGUCUCACCUGCAGGGUAUCCCAGUCAAGGACCUUGCAGUCGACGGCCCAGGUCUUGUUUACAUAGUUUACCCACAAGCCUUUGGCAAUAUGCCGGUGCCUCAGCUGUGGGCUGUGCUCUUCUUCUUCAUGCUAGUCUGCCUCGGCCUAGACAGCGAGUUUGCAAUGGUGGAGGUGAUGAUCACAAGCCUCAUGGAUCAAUACGAACAGCUUCUGCUGGGCAUUUUCAAGAGGAAGGAGCUGUUUGUUCUUGCCGUUUGUGGUGCUGCCUUCCUCCUUGGGAUCCCUUGCGUCAUGCAGGUGGGCAUUUAUGUUUUCCAGCUGAUGGACCACUACACCGGCAUUGUGUCGGUCAUAUUUCUGGCUUUCUUUGAGAUCUUAGCCCUCUGCUGGGCCUAUGGUGUGACUCGACUGUCUAAUAACCUGGAAGCUAUGACUGGGAGAGGAGCAAACAUAUUUUUCAGAUUGUGCUGGUGGAUUGUUGAUCCUAUUCUUGUUGCUGUUAUUCUAGUUUUCGCCAUCAUCGGGUUCAACCCUGCUAGAUAUGAGGAGUAUGUUUUCCCUCCGUGGGCUCAGGGGGUGGGCUGGGUGAUCGCUCUGGCCUCCAUGAUUUGGAUUCCUUUAGGAGCUCUUCAUACUGUCUGUGUGCUCCCUGGUUCAAUCGUGCAGAGGUUAAAGCUGUCAGUGACACCGUAUGCCCUGGAUGAGAAAUCCACUGAGAGUGGAAGAAACCAUGACAAGUCCACCAUUAUUUCCACCAUCAGCUCCAACGAACAACAGACUGAAAAAUCUCUUUUUCAAACAAGCCUCUGA